CCAAAUAACCCCUGCAGAAGAAUAACCCAAUGCUGAGACACCCGGUAUAGCGUAUAAAAUAAAGUCCCACAAGACAAUAGGUCUGAUUAGGCAGCCAUGAUACUUUGAAUAUAUUAAAAGUGUGAUUUUUCGGAACAGCAAAUAAAUACUUUCGAAUUGGAUUUGUUCCACAAGGUUCUGGCCAAUAGAACCAUUCCAGAUUUUUAAUUGCUUCCACCCACCGAGAUUUCGAAAUCGUCAUUGGUCCACUGAAAAGAUAACCGUCAUCCUUAGACACUAAUUAGGUGACAUCCUGUCUGGGCAGAUCUUUGAAAAAUCUGGGAACAUGUAAUUACUUUAACAAAUUUUCGUUUAGUUGUGUUGGAAAGUUCAUAGUUUCGUGACAAGUGCUUGAAGAGGAUCGUGUGUGCUGGGAAGACUGAAAUAAAUUCAGGCCAAAUUAUUUGAAUAAUUCUUGUUCAGUGCAAUCGAAUAUGAAUUUGGCCGUUCCCGAACUAAAAACUGAACUAAGCUCCUUCGAUUAUGAAGACACAUAUUCAUUUACCAAUAGAAACAGCGAAGAAAUUAGCAAUUCCAAUGCAAGCUGCUCGGAUUAUCACGAAUUUCCUGGAUCCAUGGAAAAUUGUCAAACCCAGAUGAAUUCAGUUCGUUCUGAGUUCAGAUUCAUUGAAAACUUUCAACAAAUCCACAUGCAGAAUUACUGGAACUUUCAAACGCAGUGGUUUCACAGUGAUGAAAACAGAUCUAGUGCAAGUGAAAGCCCAAUUAAGCAUGAUCCAGUUUUGGAGGAUUUUCGAGAUCAACACUUUGAAGUAAAUGAGGAGGACACAGAAGGGUUGGAAAUGCAGCAAAAGGGCGGUUUGGAAGCUGCAACGACUGAGGACUCGACGAAAUCUCAUGACUCCACAGACAACAUGCUCUACAUUAAAUCGAGAAAGGAAAGGACAGCUUUUUCCAAAGUCCAACUUUGGCUGUUAGAGAAAGAGUUUAAACGCAAUAAUUAUUUAUCCAGACUACAAAGAUAUGAAAUCUCCGUAGCUUUGGGUUUAUCAGAAAGACAGGUGAAAGUUUGGUUCCAAAAUCGACGUAUGAAGUUGAAAAAAACCGGCUCUUAAACGAUUGCGACACCAAAGACAAUACAUGUUCUAUUUGUAGAUGUUAAUAUAUAAAUAUAGAUCAGAUAAGAUAGA